AUGGCAACUGAAGUCGAAGCACUUCCAACAGCCGAAUCCAGCACUGCCGCCAACGCGACUUCAUCAAUCAAAGUCACAUAUCGCGAUGAUCGAUCCAUACCGAUGCUGCUAUUACAGCAUUUCAUUCGGCCCUUCAACUCAACCAUCGUCAAGAGCCGACAUGUGCGACCGCCUGGAUCACAAAAGCUAGAACCCUCAAGCGUCGUGRAAAAGAAAGUGGACGUAUCAGAGCGCGUGGUCGAAGACAUGUAUCUGUAUGAUGUGACGCCAAAAGAUCAAAGCGACGCUCAUGGGACACCAGCAAAGAAACGGAUAUACUACUUCGCUGGUGGAGCAUGGCAAAUGACACCCUCCUCGCAGCAUUGGGCAUUCGUUGCGGAGCUGGCUGCCCAAUUGAGGGAUACCACCGUGACAAUGGUGAGCUACCCACUCGCACCCAACAGUCCAGCGCCUGUAGCGUUCCCACAGAUCAUGAAGCUUUAUCGCACGCUCAUGGCAGAUGCGGCCGCUGCGAAUGAGGAAGUUACACUGGUUGGAGACUCUGCUGGCGGCAACAUCAUUCUCAGCCUGGUGGCCAAUGAUCUCAUAGCGGAACCCGAUGCGCCCUGUCCCAAAGGCGUGAUGGCAAUUUCACCGUCGACCGAUAUGCGGCGCGAGAAUGAGGCCAUCAAAACUGUGGAAAAGCACGAUCCAAUUCUGCGACUGCAAUUCAUCAAGAACUCCGCCAAAACAUGGUGUGGUGAUUGGGAUCCGAGCGAUACACGCGUAWCGCCGCUGCUGGCCGAUCUCACCCCGAUUGCCAGGCGAGGUGUCAAGAUACAUGGCGUUACAGGUUUGUACGACAUCCUCUCUCCUGAUGGAAUCUUAUUCCGGGAGAAGUGUAGGGACGCGAACAUUCAGGGAGAAUGGCUGGAGUGGAACAAACAGAUGCAUGUUUUCCCGCUGACGUUCCCAUAUAAGCUGCCUGAGGGUACAGCCUCUUUGGAGUGGAUAUUGGACGUUUUGAAGCGUACCUGA